UCUUUUUCUUUGUAUUUAUGUAUAGUUACUUUAACCUAACAGAUCUGAUUAAGCUAUGAUUUUUAUGUGAAAAACUCCUCUUGGGUAAUGUAUAUUAAAGUACAGUUUCAUUUAACAUUGGCCAAGUUUGAUACAAGAAAAUGGCCUCAUAAGACUGAAACAAAUAAUUACUGGAACAACCCCUAAACCCCUAAAGGACAGGAACAUUCCUCAUGGACACCCCUCCAACCUGGGCUGGUUUUGACAAUUCAGUGAAAAUAGGUCAUGUUCCAUCAAUUUCUCAACUCUGCUUUGACCAACUACUUAACAUGUAAUAGCAUCACACUUAUCAAUUCUUCCUCUUCAAUCUUCUGCCACCGUGAACUUUGGAAAAUUUGAAAUUUGAAAUUAUAGGUCAACUAUAGAAGCCACCUGCCUCUACAUUGCAUCAACUAUAGACACCAUCCACCCUAUAAAGGGACAAGAAUGUACAGCAAGAACUUGCAGAACUCGGACAGAAGUGAAUUACUGGAUCUGAACACCUGAGUAGGUAAAGAAGCACAGCUGCACAAGCAAAGAAGAAACACUACUACCAUGAAUGCCCAAGACUUGUAUGACAAUGUGCUGCAGGGAAGAGAGUCCCAAGAGUGACACCACCAUUGAUGAGACACCCGAGGACAACCUCUGGCUACAACUGGGCUUUACUGUGGACUCUGAGACAGGUGAGCAUUUACUGUCUCCUAAGAAAAACAUCAGCGGAGGAGACGUGACCCUUGACUCUGUGUCUCCUCUUAACUCUCCGUCCUUCACCCUCAAUGAGACAGUACCAGACUUCAAUCUUGACUUCAACCUUGAUGAAGCCUUGAAAUUUGUUGGACUGAACUGCUCUGAGACUGGGGAAACUGUCUGGAAGCCCUCAGAGCCUGAACCCACCUCUGACAACAAGGAAAGCCCUGGUAAGGAGGAGGAGGACAGCGAGGACAGCUUAGACACCUUGAACGACACCCUGGACGAUAUGAUCCAGGCCUCCCAGCUUCAUCCUCAAUACCCGUGCUCACUACAGGCACCACGGGUGAAAACAUGGAGGUGGACAACAGUGUGGAGAUCCCUCUCAACAAGGCUACCAUCCUGCGGGGACACCAGAGUGAGGUGUUCAUCUGUGCCUGGAACCCAACCACUGACCUUGCCUCAGGGUCAGGAGACAGCAUGGCCCGCAUCUGAAACAUGAAUGACAGCACCACCUCCCUGAACCAGCUUGUUCUGCAGCACUGCAUUCAGAAAGGAGGCACUGAGAGGUUCCCAGUAACAAAGAUGUCACUUCCUUAGACUGGAAUUGUGACGGCACCUUGCUCAUCACAGGAUCUUACGACGGUUACACCAGAGUUUGGAUGACAGACGGCCGACUAGCCUCCAACUUCGGCCAGCACAAGGGUCCCGUAUUUGCCCUUAAGUGGAACAAAAAGGGCAACUACUUC